CAAUCAAUUAAUUAUUUCUUUUUGCUGUUGUCGUUGCAGGGCAACCAUUGAUGAAGUGGAAACAGAUGUGGUGGAGAUAGAGGCGAAGCUUGACAAGCUGGUAAAGCUAUGCAGUGGGAUGAUUGAAGCAGGCAAAGUCUACAUCACCACGAACAAGCACUUUGUCAGCGGAGUCCGGGACUUGUCGCAGCAGUGCAAGAAGGAUGAAAUGAUUUCGGAGUGCCUCGAUAAAUUUGGAGACAGUCUGCAGGAAAUGAUUAACUAUCACAUGAUCCUGUUUGACCAGGCUCAGAGGUCAGUUCGGCAGCAGCUGCACAAUUUUGUGAAAGAUGACGUCCGGAAGUUCAAGGAAACCAAGAAGCAGUUUGACAAGGUGCGAGAGGACAUGGAGAUUUCACUGGUGAAGAAUGCCCAGGCACCUCGGCACAAGCCCCAUGAAGUGGAGGAGGCAACAGGCACCUUGACCAUAACCAGAAAAUGUUUCCGGCAUCUGGCCCUAGACUAUGUGUUGCAGGUUGGUGUCUGUGCCCCCAGCUCUGACUGCAUUUCCCA